AGGCAGUUUACGAAAAUGAACGAAAUUCAAAGGAAGUACCACGACGACCCUUUAGAAGUUGUUCGAAAAGAUGGAUUGAUUUUAAUAAGAGAAAUGGCUUCGGAGGUUAAAAACAUGAUGGACUUUAAAAUGAGCGCCGUAAAGCGAAUAAUGGAUUCAGCAGAACAAGCGGCCUUAUCUUCCCUCGACCAAUCAGACAACGCACAAGCGAUCAGAUCGCGCCCAAAACGAGCCACAAACGAUGUUUCAUAUAUCAGCACCAGCACCAGCACCAGUAGCAAAGUCCAAAGUAAAUAUCGAAAGGAGCAGGAUCAUCGGACGAGGAGGAAGCGAUCGAACGACGAGGACGGCCUGGACGACGACUAUUAUGAAUCAGAAAGCAGUCCAGCUACCAGCCAGUGGCAAUUUUCAGAACAUUUUGAUAAUAUGAAAAUAAACGUCACGAAGAGCGAAAUUUUGAUGGCAAAUGACGUUGCACGUGACGAUCCGGCUGUUCAAACAGCAAUAAGGUGGUCGAGUCAUCUAGAGCCCCUUUUUGCGAGCAACUACGAAACCGACCCUGCACUUUCUUGGCAAUAUCUAGGCACUUCUGCAGGAGCCCUAAGGAGGUAUCCUGCUUCCGAAAGAAGUUCCACGAUGGAUGGAAAAGGGGAAUCAGGGAUAAAGGAUUAUCGAUCUACCAGGUGGUAUAUUGAUGCAGCAACGUCUCCAAAAGACGUGGUCAUUUUAUUGGAUGUCACUUCGCAUAAAGUGACGCAAGGGACUUCGUCCGGUGCAACUGUCACCGCCAUUUUAGACUCUCUUGGCGAUGAUGAUUUUGUGAACGUUUUUGCUUAUUCUGGGGACAUCAGGCCGGUAGCCACGUGUUUAGGAGGAGGUCUAGUAUCUGCUCAUGCAGAUAACAAAAGGGUCAUCCUGAAUGCCUUAAACGGACCAAAAGAUCAAUGGUCAGAUUUGACGAGCAAAAAUGUCAACUUGACAAAAGCUUUGGAUUUUGGCUUCGACAUACUGUACAGGUACAAUCGAACAGGAGCAGGUUGCCAAUGCAACCAAGCGAUAACUUUGGUAUCAUCUGAUGUACAAGUGGCCCCUCGACAUGUGUUCCAGAAACAUAAUUGGCCACACAUGCCAGUACGUGUUUUUGCUUACGAUGUUGGCAAAGAUAAAACUACGAGGGCUGAAAUGCAUUGGAUGGCCUGCAGCAAUAAAGGUUUUUAUGCCAGAAUUUCAACACCAGAAGAAGCUCCUUCUAAAGUGUUGGAUUUUAUAUCAGUAAUGGCCAGGCCGAUGGUUAUGUAUCAGAAUGAUCAUCCUAUACAGUGGUCCCCAGUUUUUGUCGCUGGACAGAACGAAGAUGGUUCUCAUAGAUUGAUGACAUCUGUGAGUACACCAGUAUUCGACAGGAGAAAUCACACUGUAAGAGUGGCCAAUUUGUUAGGAGUGGCUGGUACUGAUGUACCAGUGGAUCAAAUAAAGAAACUAGCACCAGAAUAUAAGUUGGGUGUGAACGGUUAUUCAUUUAUUGUCAAUAAUAAUGGACACGUGUUGUACCAUCCUGGACUCAAUCCACUGUAUUUGGAAACUCUGAAACCAACUUACACAUCGGUUGAUUUGACCGAAGUGGAGUUACCUGAAAGUGAGAACAGUCCUCGAGAGAACCACAGUGCUCUUUUAGAUCUUCGAAGAGAUAUGAUAGAGCAGAAAGAAGGCGAGACUGAAUUUGGUGUCAAAACGGUUUACGAUUCUGGUAGACGAGUUGCUACCAGAAGACAUAAAUAUUUUUAUGAAAGAGUCGAUGGGACUCCUUUUUCUUUGGGAGUGGCCCUUCCUGAGGGAUACGGGAUGUAUGAGUUGAGGGCCGAGCUGGAGAUCAGGCACAGCUCGAUUAAUGUAACCGAAUACUUCAAAGGAAACAACUGGCGCAUACAUCCUGAUUGGGUUUAUUGCGAAUACGCAUCCUCGGCUCCUGCCUUCAGCGAAUUCUCAAACAACCAGCCAGGACAAGAUUCGGAUUUAAAUCCUGGUCUGUUGGGCCCUCCAGAAAAACGGCUCUUACACUUUUUGUCCAGGGCCGGACGUCCUGGUUGGAAAUGGAUGAGCGUUAGACCGAGAGCUAGGGAGGAACCCAGAGCUGCGAAAACGGAUAAGGACGGAUAUUUCUGUGAUAAGAGUUUGGUCCAGAGCCUGGUUCGAGAUGCGAUGGUGACAGAUGGCUUAGACAGGCGCUCUAUGGGGUCCAGACAGAGUUCUCAUAAAGAAGACAAACAGUGA